AAUUUGCUUGAUGACUUAAGUUAUUAAGUCAUAAUAGUUUAUUAAAUUGAAAUAUUGAAAUCCCUUUUAAGUCAUUAAGUUGAGUUCAUUAUAAAAACCUAUAACUAUUCAAUCAUCCCUUUCAUUGUUCCAUGACAUAACCUCUCAUGAGAGGGAGAAGAAUAAUAAAAUACUAUAACCUUACUAGUAAUACUUCCAAGCAUAAGGCUUGUGAUACCUUUAGUAAAAGUAUUUGCUAAUUGGUCCUUGGAUAAAAUGUCGAUCAACUUCCACAUGCUUUGUAUGAUAAUGGUGUACAAAAUUAUAAGCAAUGCUAAUAACUACCAUGUUGUCACAAUAUAGUCUCAUGGACAUUUUAACAUUCACUCGUAACUCUUUAAGAAUCCUUAGUCUCAUAAGGUCCCAUAUCCCUUGUGCCAUAGAUCUAAACUCUACUUCCACGUUAAACCUAGCCAUCACUGACUGUUUUUUACUUCUCUAAUUCACCAAAUUAUCUUUAACAAAUGUAUAAUAACUAGAUGUUGAUCAACAAUCAGUAACACUCCUGGCCUAAUCCACAUCAAUGAAGGCCUCAACUCUCAACUUUGCAGAUUGAGACCUCUCAUGGAAAUUCGUUCCAUUGAGUUUCUUGUAGUGAUCUAACUAUUUGGAUUAUCCCCUUGGAUCACCAUCCAUUAUUGCCCUUUAGAGCUCUCUGUCAUAACUUCAUGUCUUUUUUUGAAGAUGGGAGAAAUGAAGAAACUUUUUGACGAGGGUAAAAUAAAGUACAUAGGUCUGAGUGAGGCCUCUGCUUCAACAAUCAGAAGAGCACAUGCAGUCCAUCCCAUAUCAGCUGUGCAGUUGGAGUGGUCCUUGUGGUCAAGAGAUGUAGAGGAAGACAUAGUUCCUACUUGCAGAGAACUUGGAAUUGGGAUUGUUGCAUAUAGCCCACUGGGGAGGGGUUUCUUUUCUUCAGGACCGAAGCUGGUUGAGAACUUGUCACAGGAUGACUACAGGAAGGAUCUACCAAGGUUCCACCCUGAGAAUCUAAAGGACAAUAGUAACAUAUUUGAGCGAGUUAAUAAAAUUGCGGCAAGGAAGGGAUGCACCCCAUCGCAGCUAGCCCUGGCCUGGGUCCAUCACCAAGGGAGCAACGUUUGUCCCAUACCAGGAACCACCAAGAUUGAAAACCUGAACCAGAAUAUGGGGGCUUUGUCAGUGAAACUAACACCGGAAGAAAUGGCUGAACUGGAAGCCAUUGCUUCAGUAGAUGCUGUCAAGGGUGACAGAUAUGGAGCCAACUUGCCUACCUGGAAGGACUCAGAAACUCCACCCCUUUCUUCAUGGGAAGCUUGAAUCUUAUCAGGUGAUUGACAUUACAAGGUUGCCAGAAUAUCACCCAUGGUACAACUUUGAUGUGUAAUUGCAUUGCAUGUUAGAAUCCAGAAUAAAACGGGUUAAUGUGACACAAGCAGGUUAAGCUCCUGCCCUUUUUUUAUCCAACGCCUAAAAGAGGAUUGAUCA